AUGGGAGGAACUGACGUUCCCAUUGGGCCGGUUGUAAAACGCACAAAAAUUUUCAUAACGAGGAAAAAGCGUAUCCGGAAUGAUAACCCCGAUGGUCCCAUCACGUUCAAUGACGAGGACAUGGAAGGCAUCGCCCAGCUGCAUAACGACGCACUGGUAAUAUCCGUCCUUGUCAAUAAGGUUAGAAUUAAACGCGUGCUAAUUGAUCCAGGUAGCUCGGCUAAUAUCAUCCGAUGGAGAGUCAUCGAACAGCUGCGACUAUUGGAUCAGAUCGUGCCAGCAAUACGGGUCCUCAACGGAUUCAACAUGGCAUGCGAAACGACGAAAGGUGAGAUCACUUUACCGAUCAAUAUGGCAGGAACUACGCAGCAGACAAAAUUUUAUAUGAUAGAGGGAGACAUGGGAUACAAUGCAUUGCUGGGCAGACCGUGGAUUCACCUCGUGAGAGCGGUUCCCUUGACUUUGCAUCAGGUAUUGAAAUUCCCGACCCCAGAAGGUAUCAAAACCAUCUGUGGUGAACAGCAGGUCGCAAAAAAAAUGUUCGCGAUUGAAGAAUCUGUUAAGACUAUAAAGGCGCCAGAUCGAAACGAAGGGAAGAAUGCCAAAUAG